CAACAAGUCUCGGAGAUAAGUUAUCAACCAAAGGUCAUCAGUUAAGCAUUUAUUACAGACUUGCUACCGUUGAAGCAAUCAGUUUACGAUAGACAAGAUGAACAAAAGUUUAAUUUGUUACACCCUCUCCCUUUGCCUUGUUAAGGCACUAUGCGUGGAAAUACCAGACGCUAUGAUCGAUGAGACGACUGCAACAUGCAUGAAAGAGGUAGGUGUCGAUAAGCAAGCGCUAUUGAAGACGAUCGACGAAAACAUGUUAAUCGUAAACAAGGACGAGGACACGGUCAAGAUGUUGGAGUGUCAAAUAGGCAAACGACAUUUUUACGACGCGAGUGGUAACUUCGACAAGGAUAACACUAUCAAAUCACUGGCGGAGGGAUUGGUUGCGUUUGACAAGGACGAAGGAGAAAGACAGGCUCUGGCUAUAAGGAUCUUCGACGAGUGCACCAACUCCACAAUCGAAAAUCAAGUGGAUAGAUUAAUCGAGUUUCAUAAUUGCGCUAUGCCAAUAAUACUACAACAUUAAUGCGUAAUACUGUUAAUGAAGAAAAUAAAACCGACGUUUAUGUUUUCACUUA